AUGAAUGAAGAAAUAAAGGCACUUGAAAAAAAUAAGACCUGGGAUGUGGUUACACUGCCAGAAGGAGAUAGUUUGAAACUAAUUGAAGAAACCAAACAGUUACUGCAGAAAGCCUUCAAGAUGAAAGAUCUGGGAGAAUUGAAAUAUUUUUUAGGUAUAGAAUUUGCAAGGUCUAAACAUGGAAUCUUCACGCAUCAAAGAAAAUAUGCAAUAGAACUUAUAUUUGAAGCUGGAUUAUUAGCAGCUAAACCUGCAGUAACUCCUAUAGACACCAACAUGAAGCUCACAUCAAAUUUGUAUGAUGAACAUGUUGGAAAGGGUGUCAAAUCAGAAGAUCCUCUCACUAAUCAGCAAGCCUAUCAAAGACUCAUUGGCAAACUGUUAUAUCUAAAUGUAACAAGACCUGACAUAUCAUUUGGUGUUCAAACACUCAGUCAAUUCCUUCAACAACCCAAGAAAUCUCACAUGGAUGCAGCUUUGAGGGUUGUAAGAUAUAUAAAGAAUCAACCAGGACAAGGGAUACUACUGUCAAGCAAAUCCAGUAACACUAUUACUGCAUACUGUGAUGCAGAUUGGGCUUCUUGUCCACUUACCAGAAGGUCAGUAACAGGUUUCUUAAUUAAGAUAGGAGAUUCCCUAGUCUCAUGGAAAUCUAAGAAGCAAACCACACUGUCUAAGAGCUCAGCAGAAGCUGAGUACAGAAGCCUAGCAACUAGUAUAGCAGAGUUAAUUUGGCUAUUGGGUAACUGA